AUGGGGUGCGUUUCCUCUGAUGAGAAUAAGGCUUUGGCAUUUGAUGAAUUUUAAUUUUUGAAAACAGGAACUUUAUCAAUUGAGCUCACUUAAUUGAUAUUUGUUGUGAACAAUUUAAUAAAGGAAGUUCACUAAUUAUAUAAAUAAGUUGAUAGUGAUAGGAUCAUCCUAUUUCGUAUCACAAAGGUUAUAAACUAUUAUAGUUUAGGUUUCUCUAACAGCAAAUUAAACUUUAAUUGAUGCAUUUGGAUUUUGGACAAGAUUUGUAUCAAUAUGUAAUUUAGGUCAAGGUAAACUCAAUGGAGUAUAUUAUAAACUUGAAGAAGAUGGUAUUUGAUAAAAAAAUGUGAAUUUUAGGUAGAAGUCUUAGUUACAAUUUGGGUCUAAAUGGUGAUUUAAAAUUACAAUGGUUUGGGGAAGUUUUAAAUGACUAUUUUAAAGCAAUAAUUGAUAUUACUGUUUGUAUACCACUAAUACUAGAAUAGCUUAAAUUUUUAUAAGAUAAAAUCAAUCAUCUAGGAUCUAAUUUAAAAGAGAAGAAUUAGCUAUUCAAAUACAAUAUGCUGUUAUUAAAAUUUAACGUAGCCUUUACUAAAAUUGCUAAUAUUCGAAUUAUAAAGUACAAUGAAGAAAUUGAAAUUUUUUAAUAGAAAUAUUUACAAAUUGCUGAUACAGCAGAUGAAUAAGGUUUAAAGCUUUAUUAAAAAUUUGGAGCAAAACAAUUAAAUGAUAGAUAAAAGUAUCGCAUGAAAGUAAAAAUAAAUAUAAUUAUGGAAUAAUGUUUUCAUGGUGAAAUGAGGUCUGAGAUAGAAUAAGACUUAUAAAAUAAAUAGAAAGAAAAAAGAAAAGCUCUUAAACCAGCUUGGACUUUUGGAGAUGACAUUGGAAUAGGAGUUAAGAAAUUUCCAUUCCGUGUCAGAUGGACAGGCUGUAACUGUGUAGAUCAUUCAUUUUUUAUCAUCUCUAAUUAUCUAGAAAAUCAUAGUAAACAUCUGUUACUUAUCAGAAAAUUAUCUGUUGUUUUAAGAUAUCUAACUCAAUCCUACAAGACAGAAGAAGAUACUCUAUCUAGAGCAUGGUUUAUUUUUUGUACACAUCUCACUCCUAAAGAGAGAACUAUAAUUUAAUCAAAUUCAUCAAUUUUAAAUGGAUUAAAGAAGUUCAAACUCAAAAAUCCUUAGGCUGAAAAAUGCAGACAAUACUUUAUUGAAUACAUUUCAUUAUUAGAUCAAGAUUAUUUGUCUCAAUUAUAAUAACAAUGGUAAAAUUAUAUGGAUGGUUAAAGCAAAGUAUUAUCUUUAUGGUCAAACAAUUAAAUUUUCUCAACGGAUGAAUUUAAAGCUUUAAAAGUAAAUGAUAAAUAUUAUGCACUUACAAGUAUGUCAAAAAACGUUUAUGCUUUAUAAUCUUAUUAUCCAAUAGCAACAUAGAUAUAUAAUUCAGGUAAUUUAAUCAAAUAAAAUUAGUGUAUUAAAAAAAGUUAUAAAAAGGAUAGGCUUUUCUCAAUCAACUAUCACAUAUUUAUAAUUCUUCUGGAUAUAAUCCUCUUCCUUUCGAUAAUUUGUAUACUACAAAUACGACUGAGGAUGAUGAAGCCAAAGUAAAAACCAAAGAGAUUAAAUUUAAAUAUGCUUUCACAAAAUUUGCAUAAAACUAAUGA